AUGACAUACUCAGGCCUUCCCCGAAGAAAAUAUGCUUCCCAUAAAGACAGCCAUGGCCACAAGUCGUACCUGUACUAUGCCCAGCGGCGUAAACUGCAUCUUGAAAACGGACCAACGCUAACCAAGUACUCUCCAAAUACCAAUAUCUCUGCAGCAUCGGUCAGAGGGAAAUGGGCGAGGUUCUGCUCUGAGGUACACCUUGAUCCGGAUGAUCUCCUCGAACGCAUGACUUCAGCAGAUGUGAACUCCUGGUUUGAUUGGAUCGAAAGGAACUUUAAAGGUUCCAUCAAGGCCCAUAGCGCCCUUGCCAACUACUGGAGGACCUUGAAGAGGCUAUACUUCUUAAAGAAUCACCGUGAGAUGGAUGCAGACAUGAAGAGAGACUGCAUUAACUAUAUGAACGUUAUUAGUUCAAACAUGGGCUUGCGUAGGCAUCCAUUGCCAAAGCAGACAGCCGCAUCGGACGAUCUUCUGCAAUUCCUUGUGUCGCAUCUUGUGCACUGUGAUUCAGUAUUCGCGGAUGAAAAGCAACGUCUCUACCCUUUGGUGGGUCUCAACCUAUCAAGCAUUACUGCCUGUCGAGCAGUAUCGCUUUUUGAUACAAGGCAUCCGGUUCAACUUCAGGCGGACGGCAGCCCGAUCCUCACUGCUGGAGGCGUGUCGGACGAUGCUAAUAGGUCUUUGACCCUAUCUCCGCCGCCAAGUAAAGAAGUCCCACCAGAUUCAGGCCAUGACUCUGGUAUACAAAGCGAUGAUGAUAAGCGCGGAUGUGCAACAUCUGAUGACAGCGCGUAUACCGACUCAGAAAUAGACACAAUGAGCGACGGUGGCGACCUGUCCGACUGCUCCAGUGUCACAGAUGAUGGGUAUCUUAAUGGAGAUGAGACGACAGGCACCAUCCUUUGGCGUCACGUGGAGUUCUAUGUUGUCCGUAACCUGGUGCCCGAACGUCGCCAUAUCCUGGCCGCCAUCGUGACACUUUUGCACACCAAAGGGGAAGAUAGGAAACCUCGACUGAAGAGAUUUGUUAUCGAGCACGAGGACAAUUUAAUAUUCGACUUGUUAUCACAGCUCCUGGCACUUGCACUACACGAUGACAUUUUCGCCGCUACUAUUAAGGACGUAUCGCAUAUAUAUACUGCCCCAAUUCCUGACCACCGCAAAGGUAUUCAACUGAAGAUCAAGAGAGAGACGCUGGACAUACCGGUGUUCCGUGAGCCCGAACAUACACCGGAGGGUUACCGAACUUCCGACUUGCGGCCUCUGAAGUCCAGGACUUGGAGCCGAAUCAUCAAACGAAUCGGAGUACGAAGCGGCCAGAGACACAAUCUAACACAAAAAGUUCUUCGCCGCGGUGGGAGAAAUGCUAUCAACAACACUGCGCCAUCCUCGGUCCGUGACCAAGUCGCCGAUCACGAAUCCAAUGCUGUGAAAUACUAUCUGAACGAGAUAGUCGACUUUGAUACCGCUGCUGCAUUUCAUAAACGGCCAUCAAACGAGGUUGUCCAGCGCGAGCUCAGAUCAGCUACGUUACUUGCCGAUAACACCGCACCUAUCGGACUGACAGACGCUCAGGCUCAGAGAAUCUCCAGAAACCCAGAGGUUCGUCGGCUUCGCAGAGUCUGUCGCGCAUUAACUGCGGAAGUCUACAACCAGGGCUAUAAAACUCUGAAGGAGGCUGCAGGAACCGAGAUUGGAGAGAGGAAGAAGCAAGCCGAUGCUGAGCUGAGCAGUAUGCUUACAAGGCUCCGAGAAGAGGCCAAAGAGAAGAAUCGGCAAAGGCACUUUCGGCGUACUGAUACCGCUAUAUUCAACCAGCAGUAUGAGAGAAAUGAGCACUUCAAUAAGAACAAAGCGCAGCCUCGCCUUACCCAAACUUACCAGAUCGCUGAGCGUAAUGAAUUGGUGGGCCUGUUGUGUUAUUCUACUCCCCCUGAGAAGGAUGUGGAUGCUCACCUUCGAAGGUUGAAGUUUAUACGUCUUUUAGUCCGGUGGCAAAACCGGAAGGAAAGCCCACGUCGAGGGAGACAGACCAUGAGCAUUACCAUGCCGCAGCCUACCGAUCUUUCACUCACCGCUGGAACUUCCUCGGACAGAUACGACCCACUGCAGUGUCCAUUUUGUCUCUCAGAUACUCGUCUCCCUCUUGCUGAUCGUGAAAGAAGGAAGAGCAAAAUCAAUAAACUAUGGGACCACGUCGAAAAUAUUCAUGGGCAAGAGCUUGCGGCGUUUGACUCUGGAUUUCGGAGGUGCGGACUAUGUGGGAUGAGAAACAUCGACUUCAUUCCAUCUAGUGUGCCCAAUUUCAAGAAUCACACUCAGACGGUCCAUGGAAUCAGGCUCGGACCGUGA